AUGAAUCCGCACAUCUCCCUACCGCGGCCGACAGGCGGCCCCUCAAACUUCGGCAGCACCACCCCCUCGAGACGAAACGAGAUCCGAAUGCCUCGCUUCUUCAAGCGGCUCUUCAAGUUCCCGCAGAUGGACUUUGAAAUGGCAGUCUGGGAGAUGUAUUCGCUGAUGAUCGCCCCGAAGAAAGUAUUCAGAUCGAUAUACUACCAUAAACAAACCUCAAAAACCUACCACCGCCCCGACCCCUCCUUCACCUACCUCCUCUCUUUCUUCCAGCUGCUCACCUCGCUCGCCUGGGGCUUCGCCUACGCCUCCAGCUUCUCGCUCACGCUGCGCAUCACCCUGGUCUUCAUCUUCGUGCACUUCCUGCUGCUCUCGCUGCUGACCGCAACGCUCUUCUACUUCUUCAUCAAGCACCUGCUGGGGCCGAACUCGAAGCUCAUACCGGGCCGGCGGCGGGGGCUGUACAAUCUGGGCGGCGGCGAGGACGGCGGCGAGGGCAAGGAGGAGCUGGAGUUUGGGUAUUGCUGGGAUGUGGCGAUCCGGGCGUUUGUGCCUGUGUGGGUGUUUUUGUACGUGGUGCAGUUUUUGUGCAUGCCGCUUGUGGGGACGGACCAUUGGAUCUCCCUCGCCCUCGCCAACACCCUCUACCUCGCCGCCUUCAACUACUACUUCAUAAUCACCUUCCUGGGCUACAACGCCCUCCCCUUCCUGCACCACACGGAGCUGCUCCUCGCGCCUAUCGCCGUAACAACGAUACUCUGGUUUGUCAGCCUGUUUGGCCUGAAUCUGAGCAAGCAUCUGGCGCCCGUGUUUUUGGCAGGCGCGCAGUUGAGGAAGGGCGGGUGA